AUGCACUCAUUAAAGCAUGAUCCGCCAGAACCUAGUACUGGGUUUGGUCAUGUCCUGAAAAGCUUUACAAAAUCAUUCAAAAGCUCUACAUCGACUUCAGGAAAGAAGUCAGUUCAAAUAAAUCCAUUAACAAUAGGAGGAGACCCAACCCAAAGGGGUCUGCUUGAAAAAGUCAGUCAAGGCUCUACUCAGAGCAGGACUGAGCAUCUUUUUAAACUGUAUGAGUCUAUUGGAAGCUACUCUGUGUCUUCAAUCCCAGAAAUUUGGUACCUGGUGAAGGAUUUAUUAGGUUCCAACAACCCUGACGAUACGAGGGUAGCUGCAUUAAAUAUGCUGAUUCUGUGUAUAAAACUGGAUGAAAGUGCAAUAUCAUCAACAAUCAUGUACUAUGAUGAUAUUCUUCGCUACUGUACGUUCACUCCCAGCGGAUUGGAUAGGCACUUUAACUUGUUUUUGAAAGCACUGACAACUUUGACAAUCAAUGGAACUGAUAUACACUUGCUUGCCACGUAUGAAAAGAAACCGUUAGGUAAAUUUUUGAGUCAAGCAAUGGCUAUUGUGGAAAGUUCACUGAGAUCCGCUUCUCACAAGAAUGAAUCAACGGAGAACAUCGAUGAAACAUUAUGUCAGAUAUUGGUAUAUAUUACUGAUUGCAUCAAGUUCAACUCUAACAGCUUUGAAUCUUUUGAAAUUAUACACUUUCUUUCACAAGUCAUUACUUUUACCAAGAUAACUACCAAUACUUCUAUUCUAGAAAGAUGUUUAUUCUUUAUUGAGACAUUAUCCUUAUAUGGUGUCUUUCCCAUGGAUCAGUUAACCUCAGUUAUUUCCACUUUGGCAACAGUGUACACUUCAGAAGAGGAAGAGUUUCAAGAGCUUAGACAUAAGGUAAUUCGAAUAUUAGACACGUUGAUCCAAAACUCUCAAACAACCAUUCCCACCAUUUUUGCCAUCUGUGAAUUGAUUCAUCAAACUCAUUUCGUUUCAGAGGUGAAUGAGAAUGUUAUAGUUGGCUGCUUGGAGUUCUUGAAACUAUUGAUUAUGCAAGAAAUUGACGGUAGAGCUUUGAACAAACAUAGAAAUGACCGACUGAACAUGUUUCUUGACACAUCUAUGAGUCAUUUAUUAGAAUCUUGGGAGAAGUCCUCGGAGAUUCCAAGUUUAGUUGUUAAAGUAGCUCUUUUGAAUUUUUUUCUAGAGAUACUGAACACUUCUUCUGAUUACUACAAGAUUUUUGGCUCGAUGUUCUGGUUUAACUCAGACAGUUCUUUGUGGCGAUGUUUUGACAACCUGGUCAAUUUUUCAUAUGACGAGGAUGAUGAUGAUGCCGACGACUACUAUCGCUUAGUAAGUUCUCUUCUUUCUGUUUUGCAACGCCUUUCAGAGACUGGCAAGGUGCUGGGAAUGAAAGACAAUUGUAUGAACUUUUUUAAUAAUAGCUUCAGGAGACUUUCUGACUCUCAUGCCACCACUGUCAUCGAAUAUUAUGAGAAAAAUCUAUUAUGUUACGAAUUCAAUGUCGAUUGGGAAAAAAAUUCUGUCGAUAUUCUGCAGAGAUAUUUUAUCAACAAAAAUCUAUCCCUUACCACCAGAUUAAAGGCAUUUAUGGUGGUGAAAGAUGCCUGUACAUACACUAUUCAACUAAAAACGGAGAACACAUUUGUUUCAACCUACCUGUAUAUACUCUUCUUGAAGUUUGAAGAUGACGUUUCAGCCAGUGAUGAAAAAUUAAAAGAAAGAAUCAUAGAUUGCUGUAUUGAUUUAUGCCGAGAGAUUGAUUAUGACUCGUUUAAAGAAUUAAUUUCUAAUCUGACUCAACGUUUUGAGGACACAAGAGAUGUCAGAAGACGAAGUAUCACUUCUCUAUACAGUUACACUUCUGGCAGCCAGAUGUCUAGAUUUGCGAAUCCACGUCUUUCCGAUACAGCUAGUAAUGAGAAAUCGGUAUACCGAUCUUCAAAGUCUAUUGCUAUGCUCAUAGGUAAGCUCUUUAUGGUCUCCACAAUUAAGUAUCGGGAUAAUGAUAAGGUGUUACUUUUAUAUGACUCCCUGGUGAAGAUGGCAACUUUUGGGAUCAAGAUGAAGUUUUACAGUACCACGCUAAUCAUCCUCAAGGUGCUAAUUAGAGUAAGGUCAACAACAACAUAUGACCUUUAUUUUGCCAAUCCUAUCGAGACUGACGGUCUUGCCGAUGCCAUGCACAGGAAUGUUUCCACUGAUCCUUCCAUAUCUGAAUCUAAAUCACUGAAGUGGGUCUAUCCAGAGAGUGACAAGUUACACUAUAUUCCAUUCGAUUGUCUAGAUAAAUGUGUGACGUGUUCAAAGACCAGUGUGAGUAAGGAUACCAGCUUCGUGGACGUCAGAAAAUGGUUUCAAAUUGUGCUUGAUAUUCUCACAAAUUUCUAUGACUGGGAGCUGUAUUCUUAUGUCCUGGCUCAUUUCUGCGCCCAGUUAUCAAAUCUGUAUCUUUUUGACGAUUCGACAAAGUUUGUUCAGGAUUUUAGAAAAGUAAUCACAGAUCAACUUGAGCUAAAGUUACCCAGUUCGUUGAAUCCGCCUGAAAAUGUUGCCAAAACUGAUAUUCAAAUUGCUUCAAUCAGGGUCCUUUCAGCAUUAGUUGCCUAUCACUCGUGUUUUUCAAAACAGGAUCAAGACCAGCUAGUUGCUGCGUUAAUUCACGGACUUUCUUCUUGGGAAAAGACUGCUAUUCCCUGUCUUCAUUCUUUAGUCAUUUGCUGUUACGAGUUACCAAGGUCUUUGAAACGUUAUCUGUCAUCUAUUCUGACGGCUCUGCAAACCCGUAUCUCUAGUACCUUUGCCAUUGCCCACAUCUUAGAAUUUCUUAUGGCUUUGUGUCAGUUACCCAAAAUGUCGUCCGAGUUUUCUCUACUUGAGUUUAAGAGAGUAUUUGGUGUUGCAUUCAAGUUUAUUGAGUAUGCCAAAGACAAGUUUUCGAAUUCUGACUACUCGGAUGAGAGUCAGCCCAACCAAGGAGGCUAUGCAAAGUAUGGCCAAGAAAUAGAGUUUGAUAAAUUACCCUCCACCAAAUCAACUGCUGUGACUCCACAAUUGCUACAAUAUAUUAUGGCUUUAUCUUACAACGUGAUCACUAGUUGGUUUUUGGUUAUUCCUUUGAAGGAGAGAAAGUUUCUGUCUCCUUUUUUAAUAAGAAACCUGCUUUCUUCCAGUGUGAAAAGUGAGGACUCUGAUGUUUCAGACGAAGCAUUGGCAACUAUAGAUUUUGUCUCAAGGUAUACCUAUUCGAAUAUGGAUCUGACCUGGACAGGAGACAAGCAGGAUCAAAAAAGCACUAGUGACUCCGACGAAGAAGAACUUUUCAGAGAGGCAAGCUGGAUCUCUGGAAUUUCAAUUUUAACCAUAAAAACAAACAAAGUAACUGGAGACAGCACCAUCACAGUUAGAAAACCAAUCGGUACGAGCGAGUUCAGCGUUUCUGUCCAAGGUCAAUUGCCGGCCAAUAUUUACAAGGACGAUGAAGAAAAUGAGAACCUUCCCAAACCUGCCAACUACACUCCAAAUUUCUUACUUUUGCAAUUUAUGCAUCCUUUAGGCACAAGGGUUUGCAACAAACCCUUGCCGUUGAGCAAUGAUGACAGUGUAAAGAGAUCAGUCGAUUUGUUUGAUAAAGUGCCCGUAGUUACUGCUUUGAAAGCAGGUAUAAUUUAUAUUGGUAAAGGGCAAUCGACGGAACAACAAGUGCUUAGCAAUCUUCUUGGCUCAGACGGCUACCAUAAAUUUAUUACAGAGAUUGGAGAUGUUAUCAAAUUGAAAGACUCGCAACCUUUUUAUGUUGGGGGUUUAGACACUACAAACGAUAUUGAUGGUGAAUUCGCCAUAUCCUGGGGUAACCAAAUUACUAGGCUUAUCUUUCACACUACAACUUUGAUGCCCAACAACGAAGACGAUCCGCAGUGCUCUAUGAAAAAGAGGCACAUAGGAAACAAUUUCGUUAACAUCUUCUACAAUGAUUCAGAGUCUCCCUUUGAUUUCAACUUGAUAAAGAGCCAGUUUAACUUUAUUAACAUUGUUAUUCAACCACAUUCAAGGAAUCUGCACAAAUAUGAGUCUAAUCAUUCUGAAAACUUUUACAAGAUCAAGAUGUACAGGAGAGCUGGUCUUCCUGGCGUCUUUUCUACUAGCCACUUCAAAUUAAUUUCGGUUUCUGAGUUGCCAGCUUUCGUGAGAAAUACAACCAUAAUUGCCAGUUUAUUCGCCAACGUUUGGAAUGCUGACGGCGGUUACAUUUCGAAUUGGGCUCAUCGGGUUUCUAGAAUCACAACUAUCAGGGAUAAAUCAGUUGUUUACCACGAAAAUUUGAAGGAAGAGCAGGGUGAAAACGGGUCUGAUUGGUUAGAAAACAGUCAAUCUAGGUCUCAUUCCAAUACAGUUGUUGCCCAAUCCUUCUUGGAUCAACUAUCUCAACUGGAUAUUAGUAUGGUGCCCUCUGUUCCUAAUUCAGCUGCUUCGGCAGAGGAUAAGGACGAGAAAAAGAAGCGAUUCAAGUUCCAGUACGUUCAUGAAAAUGAUAGUGAGCUCUACGAAAGAAUGGAGUUCAACUCAUUCACCACCUAA